AAGGGUACUUGUGUAUUUCAUUAGGAAGAGAAACACAGCUAGUGGUGCUGCAUUGUGAAAUUUAAAUCCAUUUAAUUUGCAAUUGAGUUUUAAACACAAUAACAAAUUGCAAGAUGCUAUUUCGUUCCAUUGUUGAUAGAGGAGUUCUCAGAAGGAGGCACAAUGGGCCGGAGCGUGUGUAUCCGCUUUCCUCCCUGUUAGAUUGUUACCAGUGUGCUAGACAAGAUGAGCACAUCUCGUAUGGCGAUAUGGGGGUUCCAGUUCCUCCAUUCGGAUGCACGUUUUCUACAGCUCCAGGCCUGCAGCAGAUCCUGGCUGUGGCAAACGAAGAAGGUGUCGUCAGGCUGUACGACACAGAGUCACGCAGGCGUCCACUUUUGAAAGAUUGGCUGGCUCACACGAAUGCCGUCUUUGAUAUUGCCUGGGUUCCUGGAGAGCCGCGACUUGUUACAGCAUCUGGGGACCAGACAGCAAAGCUGUGGGAUGUGAAGACAGAAGACCUCCUGGGCACCUUCAAAGGGCACCAGUGCAGCCUGAAAUCGGUAGCUUUUGCAAGGCAGGAAAAGGCUGUUUUCUGUACUGGAGGCAGAGAUGGGAACAUCAUGGUUUGGGAUACAAGGUGCACUAAAAAAGAUGGAUGUUACAGGCAAGUGAAGCAGAUCUGUGGGGCACACAAUAAGCCUGAAAAACACACCCCCUCCAAACCCAAGAAGAAACGACAGGUUGGCAGAGGCAUUGCACCUGUAGUGGAUUUCCAGCAGAGCGUCACAGUGGUGCUUUUCCGUGACGAGAACACCCUCAUUUCCUCGGGAGCCGUGGAUGGCGUGAUCAAGAUGUGGGACUUGAGGAAAAACUACACGUCUCACCUCCAGGACCCGGUUCCUCUGCAGGUGUACCCAUACCCUGGCACCAGCACUCGCAAACUGGGCUACUCUGGACUGACCUUGGAUUCUACUGGCUCAAGCUUGUUUGCAAACUGCACAGAUGAGAACAUUUACAUGUUUAACAUGAUGGGAUCGAAAGUCGCCCCAGUGGCAGUUUUUAAUGGCCACCUAAACGCUUCAUUUUACAUCAAGUCCAGUGUGAGUCCAGAUGACCAGUUCCUGGCCAGUGGAUCCAGUGAUCACAAUGCUUAUAUCUGGAAGAUUUCUGACCCUACUUCCCCUCCCAUGAUGCUUCAGGGACACUCCCAAGAGGUCACAUCAGUUGCAUGGUGCCCUACAGAUUUCACAAAGAUCGCCUCUUGUUCGGAUGACAACACGGUGCGCAUCUGGCGCCUGAACAGGGGGUCCGAAGGGGACAGGUUCUCGAUCGGCACAGGAAACCUGGUCGGCUGGGCCUGUCCAAAACCUCCCUCUGCGACAAAGAGCUCGGGUCCGGUAUCCCCAGCAGAGAGCACCCCCACGAAGACCUCCAGGUUGGACAGUCUGGGACCCUUGGCGUCCCCUCAGGCUGCAGCCUGUGCCCCUAGUGGGGGGGACCUCCCCUUGCCCUCCAGCACCCCAGCCUUGUCCCUCCAAACCCCAGGGAGUAAAAGCCACCACCCUGGCACCCCUCGGCAGGCAGCUGCUUCUUGCACCUCCAUCAGGCAGUGGAUGACCAGAACUCCUGACUCGCCCAGGCCAGUGGCCCAGGGCUCCCCCUCCCCAAGGAAGGUGCUCAGCCCCUGCGGACAGAGCUCCGCUCCCACCUCCGAGAGGAGAGUGAAGCGCCGGCUGGAGACUAGCGCAGAGGGGGUUCAGGGCUGCGCCGGGGACUGUGGCUGCGUUACCGAGCUUUACCCAGCAGCCAAGAGGAGUCGGGGGCUGGGCGUAGUCUGCUUUCCAGCCCAGGACACGGACAAGGCCGGCACUCAGGAGCUGGACGCUCGCCAACCUGGGGAACACUGCUCCUUCAAAUCCAAGCACCCAGACAAGGAAAACAGCUCUCCCAGACCUGCCGACUGGCUGUCCGCCAUUGGGCAGAGGCUGAACGGAGGGCUGCGUAGCCCCUCUCCCUCCAGAAGCCCUAGUGCCACCAAGAGGCAAGAGAGCCGAACAGGAGCCUUGCUGACCUUCUCCACACCUUGUUCCAUGAAGAAGAUCUCUUUCUAUUUCCAGAAGAGAACACCGGAAUAAGCCAGCAAGGGCUGGGUAACAUCGUGGGAGGCCAGCUGGUCAAUGCAGUUCUAACACGGACUCUGAAAAGUAGUAUUUAUUUCAUAGCUGCUCAGUGUGGCUGGACUCGAGCCUGAAAAGGCUGUUUUUUACCUGGUGCUGAUCAUAGGUGCUCAUGUUGAGCUCUCGGCUCCAGGCACUCCAGCGAGCAAAGUUCAAGACGCUCAUGUGGAAGUAACAGUUGUCAGCUUUACGGCCUGCCUUCAAGGUUUCAUCACCAUGUAGCUUCCUAACACUGCAUGGAUGUUCACAGGCUGUUUCACUUCUUGUGGAAUUAGUUUCUAAGCGUUUUGUUUUUUUCUGUCCAUAUUUUUGUAUCCAUGGAUAACGCAAACUUGCACAUGCUAAUUUCUACGUUUUUUUUUAACAAAAUAUGUUUUAAGACUUCUUGCUGAGACGGCCUGUUCUAAACAUCAGUAUCCCAAACAGUGAUUUCUGCUUUCCCAUUCAGGUAAUUCAGGCUGCUGUAUGUUUUUAACCCUGUUUGUUUGUUCUGUAUUUUAAACCAUUUUUUAAAUUGUGUCAAAUAGAUUUUACUUUGUUAAUCUUCUUUCUCACAGAGUUCUUUAGCUAGAAAUGACUUUGGCCAAAGACAGCUAUUGUCCUUAAGAGAAACAAAUGUUGGACCUUUCAGGGUGGGGAAAAAAAAGCACCGGGGGAAAAGGUUAUUUCUGUUCAUUAUACAUAACUUUAGAAUGUUGUUGAGAUAAUUCUCUUUCUACAUUUAAGCCAUUUUGGGGAGAAAUAAGAAUUUAUUAUUGACUACCUAUUUGUCUGGACACAGGAGGAUGAAUUGUUUUGGAAAUAUUUAAGUCCUUAAUUUAGAGAACUUCUCCUGUGUUUAUUUUGUUUAGAGUGAAUUUCAAGGUGAGGCGUCAAGAAAGUUGUAGCUUUCUUUUGCGUUCUGCUCACUUGGUAAAUCUCAAUAAUACGCCUGGCUAGCCAGACGCUGUUGUGCCUGAUGUUAAAGUGAGCUUUUUGUCCUCUAGAGAGCACUAGAGCUCAAUGGAUUGAAUAGUAGCUGCCAUUUUCUAAUUGGUCGUGAGUCAUUUUUUGAGUUGAGAACUAUAACCUGCCCCUUGUUGUGCCAGGACAAACUGACAUUUCUGGCUUGAGCAUCUGCUUCAGUAGUCACACUAAUAUAAUGAUUUUGAAAUAGAAUUUGAUGGAAAUGUCAUGCUCCAUACACAACAUGCCAGAAGGCAGGUUUACAGCAGCAUAAACAGGUGAGGUUAUUGAAAAACAUUGCUGCUCAGUCACUUAAUUCUUUUUUCUUUUCAAAACCCUCAUCUGCCCAUUUCUUGGAUAUUAAAUUACCUGAAGACUUCGUUUUUUUUUCCAUUUAUUGUUUUUAGUGACCUUUCACUGAAUUUAAAAAAAAAUAUUCUGGUAUCUGGGGAACUUGGAGAUGUAAUUUGUAUUGUUCCUAUUUUAAAUUGUGUAAAAGUUAAUUUUGCAUUGGAUUGCAGUGUACCUUUGUGAAGAUCCCUUUUGUAUAAGCUCAAUUUGUGUGAAUAUACUUUGACUUGGACUGCUUUCUUGAUUUAGUUGUGGUUUCAUUAGUGUUCUUUUGGUUUUAUGGUUUGUUUCACGUCUUACUUCUCAAAUUUGGUUAAGAUGCAGUAUUCAGAUAUUCAAAUCUUAACCCUCUAGAAAUAGUUACUUUUACAUUUACUUUUAUCCAAUAUAUCAUCUUCCUUGUGAUUUUUUUUAAUUUAGGUUAUCUGCUUGGCCUCUGAGGGCUCCUCCCUGUAGUUUCCACAGUGAAGCAGAAGUACAGAAAUCGAGGAGACAAGUGCAUUCUGAAAAAGUCCACAGGGUUGACUUUGUCAAACUCUUUGAGAAUUGUUGGGACUUGAAUAAGGUCUCCUUUCCUGUAGUGUUCAGUGUUCAAAGACCACAGAUAUUAAUUUCUUUAGCCUAUCAGAGCAGAGUGUUCCUUUACAUGCUUUCUUUCCCUUAUUUUUUCUUAUUAAACGAAUUGGGCUAUACUUGCAAUUUCCUUAUUCUUUGGAUGAAACUUUUCUGUGUUUCAUGCAAAAUAUUUUUACUAUGUUGCCAUCCAUUUUCUACUGAUCUGUCCCAUUUCUACUUCUCUUGAAUUCACCCACUGCUUUGUAAUCUGCUUUGCUGAAAUUCUAAACCUGUGUUAGAACCACAUUGCAUUAAUUGUCUCCUUCUCUUAUCCCCUAGAGUUUUGCUUAUUUGAAAAGCCUAGACCACUGAUAUUCACUAUAAUCUUGAUCCUGAUCUUGGAUAUCCUCUAUGUUUUCUGUUUUGUAUUCCACCCUGGACUCUUAAUGAUUUUAUUUGAAUCAGUGGGUCAUGUAACUGGUCUCUAUUACCAUGGUUUCCAGGUCUUUACUCAUUGAGGAUUAUAAGUUACCUAUAAAGGCUGGUGGCCUGCUACCUCCCAGGAGUGGAUAUGAAUAUCAUUGGCCUAGAUAAACAGUCGUAUCAUUUUGUAGGUGUUCUAAUGAGCGAAAAGGUAGUUAGCCAUGUCUCCGGUGCUGUGUGCCCCUUGGUGCCUUUUCUCAGUAUGUGGAAAGGAUCCUUUAAUUUUAUAAGACUGCAUUACCAAUCCUCUUUUCACAUCGAAGUGAAAGUCUACUGGGAAAUGAUCAUUUAAAAAAAAAUUAUUGUUCCUUUUUAAAAAUCCUAAAUCAGAUUAAAGCUAUUCCCCUAUAUAUACAACAGUACACUUUCCAUCAGCAAUCCAGGUGGUUUUUAGCUCUUCAAACUAUAUGCAUGAACUGGAAAACCACUAGAUCCCGGAAGAGAACAUAUACUUUUAAGAAGCACAUUUUAUCAUUUUAAGUGUUUUCUAAGUAAAACAGUUCUGACCCAUUCAGUGAAGGGAAUUAAAUUUAAGACUGCGUAACCAAUAAACCCUUUGCAAUUGUGACAUUACACAUCCCUUAAUGAGCUUGUGAAAAAGCAUUUUUGAUUUGUCAGGAUGCCCGCCCUCCUGAGUGGCUGAACCACUCCAGUCUCAAAUUUUCUGCAAUUCCUUGAAGGUUUUGCAUAAUUGCAGUCUAAAUACCGGAUUGCUCCAGACAGGUUAAUGCCUAUUAAAGUUUUUUUUAACUACUUUUUACAGUAUCUGCAAUGGAUACUGGCACCACUGAGCUAUCUGGUGACUGGGGUAAUGUUUUUGUAAGUUUGGUGUUGUAAGGUAGACCCACCAAUAGGUGAGUUGUGAGGAAGGGAGCCUUUGGGUAGUCUGGGCGGACUGUGUGUUGGUUGAAUGGGCUGUUUUUUUCUCUCUCAGGAAACGUUUCUUUUCUUCUUUUUUCAGCAUGGAAUAAACCUUUACUUGUUCCUUUGCAGCCUACGCAUGGUCACGCAGCUACCUACUAUAAUGAUCAGGUUGAAUGGUUAAUGGUUCAUUGGGUUUCUGAAGUGUUAAGUCUGUCAGACAUUCUAUCUGUGGAGUUAAUGAGGGUCA